AUGCUAAACGCAAUCCGCCGGCCUCAACAGACACGCAUACUGGUUUCUGGGCUUCGGCAGCUCCACAUUACAAAUUGGCACGAGUCCGACGUUAUAGUUGAUCGCAAGUCACGAUUCCAGGCCCGCCACACCGAACUCAAAGAUCCGGCUCUUGUUCCAGAGAUCAUCAGUCUUUUCCUCGCGCAGCAUCGCAGUAUUGCCAAAAACGCUUCUCACCCACACAUUUACGCCUGGCGCACAGGCGACGAAGUGGAAGAAACAGGGCCAAAAAAGAAAGUCACCAAGCGGUUUGUCAAUAUCCAGCAGGGCUUUUCAGACAACGGAGAAAAAGGUGCAGGCAGCCGACUUCUCGAACAGUUGGCCCUGCAGAAUGUCAUCAACAAAUUGGUCAUUGUGACCCGAUGGUACGGCGGGAACCCGAUCGGCUCGCUGCGUUUCCGCCACAUUUCCAGCUGCAGCUUCAACAGCCUUCGAAAGGUCGACGGAAACACCCACAAGUAA